UGGAGAACAAUGUACCAAAUUGUUGUUGGUAUUGCACGAGGGUUAGAGUACUUGCAUAGAGGUUGUAGCACAAGGAUAGUUCAUUUUGAUAUAAAACCUCACAACAUUCUUCUAGACGAAGAUUUCUGCCCCAAAAUAUCUGAUUUUGGUCUUGCUAAACUCUGUGAAAGAAAACAAAGUAUUAUGUCAAUGCUAGGUACAAGAGGCACCAUUGGAUAUAUUGCUCCGGAAUUAUUCUCUAGAGCGUUUGGAGGAGUCUCUCAUAAAUCAGAUGUCUACAGCUAUGGAAUGCUGAUUCUUGAAAUGAGUGGAGCAACUCAGAAAAUUGAAGUAGCCCAAACAAGCGAAACAUAUUUUCCACACUGGAUUUAUGAGCAUCUUGAACAUGGUAAGGAUCAAAGGCUCCAAAGAAUCACAUUUGGAGAAGAUGAAGAAACAGCAAGGAAGAUGAUCUUGGUGGGUUUGUGGUGCAUCCAGACCAAUCCAUCAGACCGGCCAGCAAUGAGUAAGGUUCUGGAGAUGUUGGAAGGAAGCAUUCAAUCCUUGCAAAUUCCACCCAAGCCUUUCCUAUCUUCUCCUGCAAGGUCUGCACCCUGCAGCCAGGACUCUUCCAUGUCAUCAACCACAACAAAUCAUGUGGUAGAGGUCCCAGAAGGAAGGCUUCAAUCUAUGCCUAUCCCACCCAAGCCUCUAAGCCUUCCCCCUUUAAGGCCUCACCAGACGUCCUGAGACUACUUCCAAGACAGUAACAAAAAUUUUGUGGAAGAAAAAUAAAAGCUUCUUUUGCUAAGCAGAAGAAGAGUUUCACUGAGCUGCUUCAGUAACAUCUAAAUCCUCCUUUUGCAUGUUUCUUUGGCUUCUAAAUGACACCUAUCUCAUGGUCCAGGCACGAUGCUUGCUCCAGAAAACUAACGCCUAAUUUAUUCUGAUAACAUCCUAUGUAUUUGACAAAUCAAUUAAGAAAUGCAAGUUGUACAGGAAGAUGGUGAUUGCACA